AUGUUGUCUAUUUUUCAAGAUCAGUCGCUUUUGGAUCCUUUUAAGCGCGAAGCUCCCGGCAAACCCACGCCUUUGAUCCCCCACACGUUCACUGUGGACGUACUAGAUUCGGUCCAGGCGCCUGAUGGUCGUUACCAAUUAAUUCCGCGAAAGGUCACUAUGCCUGAACUAGGGAAAUUGCCUGUACCUGUACUCCGAAUCAUCUUCUCGCCCCUGGAUCUGCCAAGUAGCGCCACUGCUCAAGGACUUCUCUGGCUCUUUGAUCACUAUGCUGCGCCGUCUGCAUUCCUUGCGGGCCGGUUGCGGUCGGUAACACACUCAUUUGGGGCUUUGAACUCCAUAAAUGGCUAUAAUUGCUCCUGGUUCCACUAUUUGUGCAAGAACAUCACGGUGAUUCAUGAUGCUCAUGGCACCGCGCGGAUAUCCGAUCCCAGGCCGGGAGCACCACAGAUGCAGCACGGCGACUCGACGUGGAUACGGUCAGGGUAUUUUCUGCGAUGGGCAGUGGGUCCGAAUUGUGGUCCAGAAGUGACGCUUCUCUGUUUCGAAGCGUCGAAAUCUCUCAAAGAACGUCUCAAACAUAUUUCACCAUCGUCAAUACCAACCAACGUCGUCCGUGACCCGUACAGCCUCUUUGCUAUCAUCUUCGAGGAGCUGUCUUUGCAAAUGGACAAUACGGUUUGGGAUGUGAUGGAUGUGUUUCGCCAGAUCGAACUGAACACCUUGACCGCGAUGAAGGAUAGGGAGUCUUUCACUGGGCUACAUAAUGUUUCAAAGCAUAUCCUGUUUCUCCAAGAGAGCGCCGAAGCUACAAUGCUCACUCUGAAAAGGUUAUCCUGGCACCAUCAACAAAUGCUAGAAAACAUCCCUGACUUGGACCGCCAUGCCACUGAAAUGGCACAGGGAAUGCUGAUGCACGUGGAGACUCAGUUCCAGUCCAUUAGCCUGCGGUUGAAGGGUCUUGAAAAACGGAUGAACAAUAUCAUUGCAUUGUCCUUCCACCUCGUCACGCAAGACGGCAAUCGAAUUAUGCAGGCAGAUAGCAGUUCUAUGGCCACCAUUGCGUUCGUCACACUCGUAUUUCUUCCAGUGUCGACAGUAUCAACUAUAUUCGGAAAUCAAUUUUUCAAUUUCGACCCUGUUACGAUCCGUAUGUCCCAAAGCUUCUGGAUCUUCUGGGUAGUGUCCGUUUCGCUGACCGUCCUGGUUUCUCUCGUAUGGCGUGUUAUCACUAAGGGCUUGCCGCCCGGAUUGUACGAUGCGUUUAAUAUGAGAAAGGGGAGGUGA